UUCAUUCUGCUCUUGCCGGCGGGGCCAUGCAGAGGGUCGCGGUGGUCACUGGAGCCAGCAGCGGCAUCGGCUCUGCCCUGUGUGAGCGCCUGCUCCAGGAAGAUGCCAGCCUCCAUCUAUGUCUAGCCUGCAGGAACAUGGAGAAGGCCAACGCCACCCGCAAGACACUGUUGUCCUGCUUUCCUCAUGCAGACAUCGGCAUCGUUCAAGUAGACGUUGGCAGGGUGGAAUCGGUCCUAAAUGCCGCCAAAGAGAUCAAGAAGAGGUUUCAGCGUGUGGAUUAUCUCUUCUUGAACGCUGGGAUCAUGGUAAAUCCACGCAUCAGCUUCUCAGCUUUUGUAAAUGGCCUCUUCUCAAGGAGAGCCGUCCGGAUGCUGACCACAGCAGAAGGCCUAAUGAGCCAAGAGGACCGCGUCACUCCCGACGGCCUGCAGGAAGUCUUUGAAACCAACUUUUUUGGGCAUUUCAUACUGAUCCGGCAGCUGGAAUCUUUGCUUAGCGGCCUCGAAAGGCCUAGCCAGCUCAUUUGGACCUCCUCGAUCAGCGCCCGCAAGUCUAACUUCAGUCUCGACGACUACCAGCACAGCCAAGGCAAAGAGGCCUACAGCUCCUCUAAGUAUGCCACUGACCUUGCAAGCAUGGCUCUGAACAGCCGUUUCAACAAGCAGGGCCUGUAUUCCAGCGUCGUGUGUCCAGGAGUUGUGAUGACCAACAUGACGUUUAAUAUCAUGCCUUCUUUCAUCUGGAAGCUGUUUUUCCCCAUCAUGUGGCUGAUCCGCCUUUUCACCCACACAUAUACACUGACGCCCUACAAUGGAGCAGAAGCACAGGUUUGGUUGUUCAAGCAGAAGCCAGAGGCGCUGGACCCACUGGUGAAAUUUCACAGCUGUACCACAUUCUUUGGGAAGAACUAUGUUGAUAUCCGCAAGAUGGAUAUCGACAGCGACCUGGCUGAGAAGUUUUACCAGAAGAUGUUGGAACUCGAGAAGGAACUUUUGGCGAGAUGUGGCAAUCCGGCACAUAAGCAAUAACUACUCAAUAUCUCCUGUUGCCUGUCUUCAUGGCAGUGGGACAUUUUUCUUCUUGUUUGCAAAGCAAACCUCACUAAA